CCAGCCGAGGGGACAAAGGCACUUGUUUGUGCCGCCGGGGCAAAUCUUCUGCUUGUUUGCGUGUCCCCGCUCGAAAGCCCUCUCUAUCUCGUUCUCGGAGCGCGAGGUAUAAAGGCGGCGGCCCGCCCGUCGCGGCGUGUUCAGGUUCUUACACCGCGUCCGCCCGCCACGAAGACGAGAUGAUGAUUCGGGCGUGCCUCGUAGCCGCCAUCGCGACAGUAGCCUGCGCGGCCGGUAUAUACCCGAUCCACCGCCACGUGCUGUUCGACCCGCGGAGCUACGACCUGCUGUACAACUCCAGCAAGGGCGCGGUGACCGAGUCGUGGUACCUGACGACCGCCAGCACGCUGACGGGCUUCGUGCUGCCCAGCCGCCUCAGGCAGUGCCUCACCGACGACGUGUACGACGAGGAAGUGAGCGUCGCCGUGACGCGCGUCGCCUCGCCCGCCAACCUGCUGGUGGCGUCGGGCCGCUUCGCCGGCCGCAGCGCCCACGGGGGAGAGGUGUACGUGUCGCUGCUCAACGCCACCAGCGGCGAGUACCCCAAGCUCGCGAGCGGCGUCAACUACUUCGUGAAGAUCUCGCUGUCAGCCGGGCUGUACCCGUGGCACCUGAACCGGCCCUUCUCCUCCAUCGCCGGCUUCCACUCCAUCUGCAACGCCGCCGGGUACAUCAUCGGCGUCGAGUACACUCGCUAGAGCCUCCACAGACUGUUCCCAAGAGGCACCUGAGUCUGACCAUUGUAUUCCCCCUGGUUCAUUGAUAUCGAGAGAUCGGCAUCCAGUACAUUCGCUAAAGCCUCCAGAGAGAUAGUCUUCUUAAACAGUUACCAAGAGGCACCUAAGUCUGACAAUUAUAUUCUCCCUGAUUUACUAAUAUUGAGAGAUCGGCGUCCAGCACAUUCGCUUAAGCCUCCAGAGAGACAGUCUUCUCAGACAGUUCCCAAGAGGCACCUAAGUCCGACAAUUGUAUUCUCCUGAUUUAUUAAUAUCGAGAGAUCGGCGUCCAGUACAUUCGCAUAGAGCCUCCAGAGACCCCCAACUCCAGUACAGACAGUCUUAUCAGACAUUUCCCAAGAGGCACCUGAGUCUGUAAAUCAUACCCCACAUUGUUCAUUGAUAUCGAGAGAUCGGCAUCGAGUUCACUUGCCAGAAACUCCGAAAACCCCAAGAUGACCAAAUUUCACUAGCAGGGACAGUCGUAUUAGAAAAAUCUCAAAGAGUCACUUUCGUCUGCAUAAUAUAUUCUGCCCGACCCAUUACCGUUGACAGAGAUUGGCGCCGGGUACUCUCUCUAGAGCCUUCACAGACCCCACGAUGACAACAUACCUCCGGUUGAGGGUAUCGUAUCAUCAACUACUAACGUGGGAAGAUCACCUCCAGAAGGUUUAGGUCAGCCGAUCUACGUGGAACAGUUUGGUCUACAAGUAUACCAAACUGGCAUGGUAACCACUGGCUUUCGAUGCGAAGGGUUCUGGUCCAGAGUCCCGGGUAAUGCAUGAGUGUGAAUUUUCAUUUUUUUUAAAAUUCAAAGUCAAAAGUCAAAGACGAUGAAAUGGUUGGCUCGUUGGAGACGAAAAUUACCAAAACGUCUAGCAUUUAAAAAAUCAGAGAAAUAAAUAAAGACGGCAGCAAAUUCUAACAUGUCUCGCUCAUGUCGCGAGGCUCGUGGGUUGGAACACUAACACCCGGGCGUAACUCGUAAUUUGUGAGCUCUGAGUUGGUUUUCAAGUGGUUUUGAGCCAACCAAAUCUCUGAGGUAUGGUCGCCUUACGCCUCUGUGCACAACCUUGUAACGCAAACCCCUACCAUAUCAAAAUCCGGUAUUUUUAACUUUAAUAAAAUAUUUUGCAGGUUAUACAUUGAAAACCUAAGCUCACCAAGGCGCACAGAAUACUCUGACAGGUUCUCUGAUUGAGAGACCUUCGUUAUUUCUCUUUUGAGAUAGGUAAAUAAUUUGGGAAAAAAUGAUAAAUUAAUUUUUAUUUUAGUCACAAAUUAAAAAAAAAAGCUAACUGCAGCUAUGAGUUAUAGAACAGUCAAAAUAUCACUUGUACCUUUGUGAGACAAAAUUAGAUAAAGAAUUUGAUUAUACUUUUUACAUAUGAGAAAACGUACAAAAAUCAAGUUUGCAGGGGUCUGACCCCUCUCAAGUACAUCCUCGAAGAUAAAGUCGUAAUGUCUUCACAACAGUACCAUUCAUGAAACCACCGAAGUGCAGAAUCACCCUUCCAAGUCUGUCUAUAAGUAACGUUCUUACAAUCUUUAACCACCCAUAAAAACUUAUGCUUUGUAACACAUAAUGCCUAGGGACCGGAAAAAUUCGCGCGUUCAGUGACCUCCAGGAUGGACUCCGCAGUGUACUCGGGCAAACUUCGUCUGUUCAUUGGCUGCUAGCUUGUGAGUCAUGUCACGUCGGUAAUUAGUGAUUCGUUACUUGUUUGGCUUAGGGUCUCUUAUUAGCUAAGAGUCCUACAGAUUAACAGCGAACCAAUAUUAAAUGCAGCAAAAAUUUAAAAAUAUUUUAAUUUUAGCAUAUCUAGAAAUGAAUCAAUGGAUUAUUCCUGUCUCUAAUUAUGCUACGUAUAGAUAAAAAAAUGUUAAUGAAAAAAUUAUAUUUAAAGAGAAAUAUCAACUAGCGGAGACUGGUGGUCUCUGAAAAUCUAUGCAACUUGGAUAGCUCAUAUAUUAAAAAUAAUUUCAUAGACAUAAGCCAAUGCUGGUUUACAAAAGUUGUCAUAGGACAACCAAAGAAUGAAUACACAAACACACGGAUAACCAGCCAGUAUCAGCUGGCGUCAAAUGUUAUUUUUAUGCUUAGACUGUCACAGAUUAUAAUAUGGAAAAACAAAAUGGAGACAGCUUAAUGAACGCAGUUAUGGCUUCUAUGAAAAACCAGUUGCGAUUGCGUAGUUCCGUUAAACUAUUUUAAAUCAAUCUCCUCCACUGUCGGAAUCAUCCAAAUAGCGGGAUGUGUUGGUGAAGUGAUUGCAUCAUCGACCACGCUACGACAUGACUGGUGCUCGGUUCCCCACGGUCUCUCAGCCGACUGAACUGUUAACCAAUUAACAUGGCCAGCCCGAAAAAAAGUCACGUGCACAUCAACUAGGUGUUAAAAACACAGUUGUUCCUCGAACAAAAGACGCACCGUUGCUUCAAACACAGUAUGUUUGGACGACUCCAAUGCCUGGCUUCGAAAAAUUCACGUAUUCUCUUUAAAGUGGGAAGAAUAGAAUAGAAAGUAACCUCCCACCAACGGAAAUUAUUUCCUUUUCAUCCUGAUAAAAACUUUUCUUUUGACUUAAAGACUGGGUAGUAACUAUCCGUACAAAAUUUUUGGGUCCUUAUACUUUGUACAUACGCAUUGACUAACAUUGUAUAAUUUUAUAUUAAAGUGUAAAAUAUGUAUAUAAUCAAAUAAAGCUUGUUUGUAUAUUGAAACUGUUUAGAAAUGUGAAUAUAAAUACAUAUUAAAAUUAUUAUAACUGUAGUGCAUCAUAUUGGAUUUGGUUUUUGUUUAUGACUUCUUACACUCACCUACAUAGCUUACAUAAAGACAUUAAUACAAAUAGUAUAAAGUUGUUUUGUGUUUAUGUUAAGUAAACUUGAAUAUACUGAACCAAUAUAAAAAUUAUUUUACUUUUAUGAAUCUUUUUAUGUAGCAUAAAAUAUUUAAACACAAAAAUAUAAACAAAUACACGUGCAAAUCACGAAGGAAUACAGUUACAACAAAGAUAUAAGGAAGUACUUCAUCUUCCCAUUCAAAAUAGGUUGUCGGGUUAUAGUUUUAUAUAUGAAAAAAAAACACAUCUAGGCGAGUCGGAGAUGUGUAACAUAUGACGUCGGUAACGAGAAAAUUCAAGCGUUCUCGUGUUGCUAAUACGAUUAUAAUACGAAACUCGUACACGAAAUUAAAAAAAAAAUCGUAUAUUUAUUUAAAAUAGUGCCAAGCGUGAUAAAUAUAUUUGUAAAUUGUGUUUUAAACUAAAUUUAUACGCGAAUCACACGCAGUUUCCAAACCCGCAGCUAUAAUUCUAUGCCGAAGCAGUUACGUUGAUUAUCGAAUCAUUCGAUUCGCAAAGUUAAAUUUAAAACUAUAUUAUAAAACGGCUGGAUGAAUGCCAAAGAGACAUGAAAUUAAACCUGUUUUUCGUCAAGGAAUUUUAUUAAAAUACUGCCCAUUUUGUUACAAUUCAUCAAACAGUUAAUAAUAUAAAGUUUCAAUUAAGCUUUGUGAACCCUUAUUCGCGCCUUCCGCCACGGAUGGCAGCACCGUGGUUACACAGUUCCGUUCCAUGGGACUUCCGUUUCAUUCAAGAAAUUAUUCCCAUCAAAUGCCGUAUACCGAGAGCAAGAUGUUAUACACCAAUAUUUAAAAAAAAUUGGUUGUCUGUAAAGUCGGUUUACGGAUGAUAGUUUAACGUGACAACGUCAUAACAAAACAUUGAUGAAAUUAUUGCAUACUUUAUGAAUAAAAUAGAAUCAUUUUUAUUUAAUAAUAAAAGAAUAAAUACUUGAAAUUAUACUAGUAAUCAGAUUUUUAAAAUGCAAGAAUAAUUAACCUUUAUUGCCAAAAUUGUUGUUGUAAUAAGCAAUGAAAACCACAUUAACUUUUCAUUUCACUUUAUAAACAGUCGAGCGGAAGAGAGAUAGAUGCGGCGCAAGCGUACAAUUAGCGUAACGGGACAUAACGUAACGGAAAAAUGCGCGUAACGGGACACUUUUUCGUGCGUGCAGCUGGCGUUCAUCGAUUUAAUAGACGUUGUCACGUCAAAAUCUUUCUAAGCUCCAUAAGUGCCAUAAUUUCAUCCCCAACUUAGACGAACAGUGGGUGGUGAAGAAUCUUCUCUAAACAAAAUAGGACAAAUAAUCAAGUACCUGAAUGGUGACUAAAGUGCCAUUCAAUAAACAUUUCCAAUUUUCAUCACACACAGUUUUUUUUUCAGCGCACCUAAUUAAAAUGAAGGAGUUUCAAUAAGUUGAUAGAUUGUGUGAAAAACCGGUCAAGUAUUUACAUUACAAAACAUUAUCUGUUAUAACUUUUAAUUAUUUUAAUGGCCUAUUUUCCACUUAUAUCUAGUAUGCUCAGAACAUAUAUAUGACUGGCUAUGGUUUUUACUGCGCAAUUCUCCGCUGUUCUGUCUGACUAUCUUCAUUUUGUGAGCUGAAGAGAGAUUGAGUAUAUGAUAUAGUGUGUACUUUGAAGAGUGUAUUAUUUAGUGUAUAUAUUGUAGUUAUGUUAUAUACUAUCCACUAUUUAAAAUGACAUUCCUCUGGAUGUUUUUGCAGUAUGUAACUAUCUCUGUGUAUAUAUUUUUUAACAACAUAAAAACACAUAAAAUGAACAAAAAAACAUGCAAUAAAAAUAUUACAAUAAUAUUA